GUGAGCAUUGCGGAUAAGAUAAAAGUGAGGUGUGUGAGAGAGUGUACCUACAGUCUUUCCCAGGAAAACCCAAAUUACUACUCAAUUUUGUAAUUAAUUCUCGCUUCCGCUUCGUCCAUCCCUACUCGCGCAUAGGCUUCCUUCUUCCUCUUUGUGAGUUGAGAGUGAGCUGAGAGCUAAACUUGGAGAGUGGAGUGGCUAAGCAAUCCUGGGGUGGUGUGUGUGAGUUGUUUUGGGUGGAGACCUGAGCGAAAUACACACCCAACAAUGAUAUCAGAGCCGGAUUCUGCCCUCCCCCGCCGUCCGCCACCGCCGAUUCAAGGUCUCUGAAGUUCGUCGACCGUUGAGUUCAAAGCUGAAGCCACCAUCGCCGUCUAUGUGUUCAGCCGUCGUCACCACCAGAGGUCACCUUCUCAUCGCUCGACCUGUCUACAACUGGACCUUGAACCCUAGGUGCUGACUUGGCAGAUGUGUUCUGGUUGACGCACUUGGACGGGACCGCUGGAUCUGGUUGAUGCACCUAGACGAGACCUCUGGUGCACAUGCAGAGGAUAGGGACGAAAGUUACCGCUGCAGAAGCCGGACUUGGGCUUGACUUGCGCUGCUCUAUCCUGGAACGCCUGGAGCCAUUGUCGUCUGGGUGUUCGCCGUUCGCUGAAGAUCAAUCGCCGGAGCCGUCGUUGCAGAGAACACCUUUCUUUUUUCUUGUUGCCAUCGAUCCUUGUAGGUUGUUGGUCGCGUUUGUAACGUAGGACUUGAACGCACGAAGGAGAACCGGCUGAAAGCUUAUUGGACUUUGGGCUGGAUUAGGGUGAAAUUGGGCUGACCUUUGGGGGCUGUUCAAUGGACCUGAAGGACGCUUGAAGGAGACUGCUGGGUUAUGUUGAACUGGGCUACUGCUGAGCUUCUGGACCUGGGCUGGUGCUGCUGGAGUUGCUAGAAGCAAUCAACGCCGGUCAAAGUCAGUCAACAGUCCGAAAAAUCCCAAUUUUUUAAAAAUUGGGUGGGUAAGGUCGAAACGCCUCUCCUAGUGUUUCGCUUCGGUGUAUUGACUUGAAACUUGCUUUUAUCGCUUUUGUAGUGAUUCAGUCUUUUAUUGUGUAGAAAUCCGGGUUUAGGUCGAUUACUGCCUUUAAAUUGAUAGAAUUUGAUGGAUAGUGUACCCGGGAGGUAGCUUAUCCGAGCGGUUAUUUCGGAGAAUAACUAGAAAGAAGUCAAAGCAAUAAGUAAGAGAGAGUAAGUAUUCAAUAUAUGAAUUGUUGUCUCUUUACAAUGGAAAAAUAGGCUACUAUUUAUAGUAGUAAUAAAUGCUAGGCAGGGACACGUGUCGAACAUCUGACGGCCGAGGGUCACCUCAAUCGGGGUGGCACCGGCAUUCGCAUGUGGCCGCAUUAAAUGCGGUGGUUGGAUGUGACGUUUGUACUUGGCACGGCGAUCCAGCACAUGUGGAGAGGAGAUUCUGUCGUGGAAGACGCCUUCGAUUGUACAUAUUGUGCCGAAGGUUCCAUGGGCCAGGGGCCUCUAUGUGCCGAGGGUUGUAGGUGCCGAAGGCUUGGUUUUCAGCCUUGUUUUCCUGUGAUGUUCCUGGGUUCGAUUCUGUCAACGAUAGCCUUCGGUCAUGAGGCCGAAGGCACCCCCUUGCGUGUUCUGGGAUGCUUAGAGCUUCAUUUUGCUGGACUUGGCCCGCUUUGGGCCUGUUGGGCCUGAUUGCAGUAGUGGGAGUACGUGGGCCGGGGAUCCCCGGGCCAUAUACUCCAUCAGAAUUGUUGUGCUAUUUUGUGCUGAAAAUUUAUUAUUUAUUUGUGCAUAUACAAGGGGUUUGAACUUGAGUUUGGUGCUCAUUAAUACUCCCCGUGUGUUCAUGCUAGUUAUUUCGUAUAAUUCUAGCCUUAGAAAUAUUUAAAUUGUUUUUCAAAGAAAUUUACAUUUUCUUUUGUUGCUUGUUUUUCUCUGUCAAAAUGUCUGCUUAUAAUCAGUAUGUUAUGGCUCCAUUUAAUGGAAAAUUCGAUUUUAGCAUUUGGAAGCAAAAAAUUAAUUGUAUUUUAAUACAACAAAAAUGUUUUAAAGCAGUUGGUGAGACCUAUUUAAUUUCUGACACAGAAGAUAAAAAAGUAGAAAUGAAUGAAAAUGCAUGUUAUGUGAUUUAUUUGAACUUAUCCGAUUCUGUGAUUAGAAAAGUUGGAAUUUUAGAGAGUGCUAAAAUUCUAUGGAAUAAAUUAGAUGAACUGUAUACUGAAACCUCUUUGCCUAGUCAGAUGUUUUUACUUGAGAAGUUCUUCAAAUUUAGACUGGAUAUGUCUAAGGAUAUUGAGGAAAAUCUAGAUGUUUUUACCAAACUUAUUUAUGAUAUUAAGUUGUGUGGUGAUAAGCAUAUAGAUGAUUAUUCCCCUAUUUCUCUUUUAAAUGCUAUUCCUGAUUCCUUUAGUGAUGUGAAAUCUUCUUAUAAGUAUGGUAGAGAUAAUGUGACUCUUGACAUUGUGGUUAAUGGUCUUAAGAGUAAGGAAUUAGAUUUAAAACAGAUGAGUGAGGGUAGAAAAUCCGAGGAGGUUAUGCAUGUGAGGGGUAGAGAAAAUAAUAGACAACAUAUAUCUAAGCCUAGGUCUAAUUCGAGGCGUUUCUAUUAUUGUCAUGAACAUGAUCAUUUCAUAAAAGACUGUCCUAAAUUAAAUCUAGGGAAAAUAAGCAUAGUGAGCAUGCUAAUUUGAAUACUUGUGAAGAUGAUUUAAGUGAUGUUUUUUAUGAUGAGAAAUCUAUGUGAUUAUGACUAUUUGAGUUCUAUGAUAUCUGAUUCUUUGGGUAAAUCAGAUUGGGUGGUAGAUUCUGGUUGUACUUUUCAUAUGUCUCCUUUGAAAAAUGUUUUUUCAAACUAUAGAGAGAUUGAGCAUGGUUUUGUGUCUUUUGCAAAUGAGAAGAAAUGCAAUGUGCUAGGAAUAGGAGAUGUAUGCCUUAGGUUUUCUUCUGAUUGUGUGCUUACUUUGAAGAAUGUUAGGCAUGUUCCUGAGCUAUGUUGUAAUUUGUUAUCUUGUGUUUCUCUUGAAAAUGAUGGUUUGAAGGGAAAAUCGGGAAAGGGAAUCAUGAAAGUUGUGAAGGGUUGUUUAGUUGUUUUCAAAGCUGAGAUGAAAAACAACUUGUAUGUUUGUCAUGGUGAACCUGUUCUUGAUUCUAUGAAUUGUGUGCAACCUUGUCUGCUAGGAAAACAGUCUAGAGUUAGUUUUCACGAUUUGCCUAAGUGUAUUGAUGUGCUUGACUGUAUUCAUGCUGAUUUGUGGCGUCCUAGUAAUGUUUCCACUCAUGGUGGAAAAAAUUAUUUUGUGACUUUGGUUGAUGUUUUUUCAAAUAAAGUGUGGGUUUUGUUGAUUGAGAAUAAAUCUGAUGUUUUUGAUAAGUUUAAAAACUGGAAAAGCCUUGUUGAAAAUCAAACCGAUAAGAAAAUAAUGUGUUUAAGGACAAAUGUUAGUUUUAAUUUUUGUGAUGAUCAGCUUGGUGAUUUAUGUGAUACUUGGGGUAUUUCUAUGCAUAAAUAUGUUCCUUCCACACCCCAACCGGAUGGGGUUGCUGAGAGGAUGGUUAUAACUCUUUUAGAGAGGGUGAGGGCUAUGUUAGCAUCAUCUGGGCUCUCUAAAAGUUCUGGAGGGAAGCUAUUUGUUAUGCUUCUUAUUUAAUUAAUAUGUCCUCGUCUGUUCCCUUUGGAGGGAAAUGCCCUGAAUUUGUGUUUACGGCGAACCGCUUGACUUGCCAAAUUUGAGAGUGUUUGGUUGUACAACUUAUGUGAAUCAUGAGAAUGAUGAAUCUGAACCUAGGACUAAGGAAUUUGUUUUGUUAGGAUAUAAUGAAUGCAUGCAAGGUUAUAGGCUUUGGUGUAGAAGUGAAACUUGCUUCAAUGUGUUGAUAAGUAGAAAUGUCAUUUUUUUUGAAAAUGAAUUUUCCUUGCCUGCUUGUUUCUCCUGAUGUUGCUCCAAAUGAGGUGGAGCAUUUUCCUGUUGAAGUUCAUUCUGAUUUACUUGUUGAAUCUGAACCCAAAUUUGUGAAUGAAAAUGUUUUUCAAGUUGAAAAUAAAGAAAAUAAUAUUUCUAUUAAGGUGGAGCAUGAUAUGAAUGUUAUGUGCGAUAUGCUUGAGUUGUGUGAUUGUUAUGUUAUUAGAGAUAAAGACAUUAGGGAGCAUGAGAGAAAUGAUAAGUGCAAAGUGUUAGACUAUAUUUCUUCUGAGUUUGCCUUAAAUGUGCUUAAUUCUCUUUUAAUUAAAUUCUUUGUGAUAUUUGGUAUGCUAUUUUCUCUGUAUUUUGAAAAUGUGAUAACAAGUGAUUAUGUGAGCUCUACUUGUCCUAGUUAUAGAAAUAAUAUUGUUUCUUUUAUUUUCUGUGCACUUGCUUUGUGUGGGUGUUAGAUUAGUUGGAAUCCCCAACUUCUCCCGGUUGCUUGAUUGUGUGGUCUAUUAACAUGCAUUGUGUUUGUUAAUAGUUUCGUGAUGAUUUUGGUUCUGAACUCGAAGACCGAUUGGUAGAGUUCAGUCCAUUAUGAAUUGAGUUUGCAUGGUAAGCUUGGUCCGAAAGGGAACUUUGGUUCUCAUUUAUUACUUGUAUUAUCUGAAUGAUGUACUUGUAAUGGUUCAACGAUGAUGAGUCUCCUCACAGCCAUGUAUUUGUUGCUUUACACCACCUAGGACCAAUAAGGUGGAAAAUGUUAGAGGUAUUGGUCCUACUAAGGCCUCCCGUCCACUUAUUAUGUUAAGGCCUGCACCCUAUGUUUAGCCCUCUAUCUUAUAUCUCUUGUUACUCUACUCCUUCGUCAGUUGUAUUACCAUUGCCUUCUAAUAAUUCAGUUUUGGCUCUGUGGCCUUACCUAUCCGUUGCAACUUGUCUGUGGGUGUUUUGUCCUAACUUGAUAAUUGAGGACAUCUCCCCUGUUAUAUUAACUAUGCAGCCAACUUCUUUCUUUAGUGUCAGCGGUGCGGAUAAGAUAAAAGUGAGGUGUGUGAGAGAGUGUACCUAGAGUCUUUCUUCUUCUUCCUCUUUGUGAGUUGAGAGUGAGUUGAGAGUUAAACUUGGAGAGUGGAGUGGCUAAGCAAUCCUGGGGUGGUGUGUAAGAGUUGUUUUGAUUGGAGACCUGAGCUGAAAUACAGACCCAACAAAAUCGAAUAUUUGAAAAGUACUUCUAAGAACCACCCUCACAAUCCCAUCUCCACAACUAUAGUGAGAAAAGAGAAACAAUUCCACAUUAAAAGACGUAACUGUUGAAGGAAAUUCUGUGUAGUGUGCUAUCGUGUAUAUAGAAUAUGUAUUAGGAUCAUUCUAUGUAAACUACCUAUUAUAUGGGCCCAUUGGCCCAUCUAUGUAAACCCUAAUAUCUCCCUAUUUAUAGGGCCUUUUAUAAUGAAACUAUACACCCAAUUCUCCCUACAACACGUUAUCAGCACGUAGCCCUAAACCUAUUUUUUUCUCCCGUUCUCCCUACACUCAAUCCGCAGCCGCGCCUCCAGCAGUCCAGCCGCGCCGCCAGCAAUCCAGCCACGCUUGGCCGCCUCCCAACACACCGACCGUCGCCCGGCCUCCCCCCUUCCUAGCCUGCGACUCACCAAUUCCCGGAUCUCUGUUGAGAAUUAUAUUAAGCGCCAUAUCUCCGAGAAUUCGUAACAAGAUAUUUACAAAUUUAAAACGAGAAGCAUCUCUUCUGCUACUGUAUUAUUCAUUCGCUUCAUCUCUUCCGAUGGCGUCGGGCGGUCACCAGAAUGUGAACGCAAAACUCGUAUUGUUGGGUGACAUGGGAGCUGGUAAAUCAAGCCUUGUGUUACGAUUCGUCAAGGGUCAAUUUCUCGAAUUUCAGGAAUCGACGAUCGGGGCGGCUUUCUUCUCGUCUACACUGUCCGUGGACAACACCACAGUGAAGUUCGAGAUCUGGGACACGGCUGGCCAGGAGAGAUACCACAGCCUGGCCCCGAUGUACUACAGAGGCGCUGCUGCUGCAAUUAUUGUCUUUGACAUUAGUAACUUGGAAUCUUUUGACCGUGCAAAGAAGUGGGUCAAGGAAUUACAGAAGCAAGGUAAUCCAAAGAUGGUUAUGGCACUUGCUGGUAACAAAGCUGAUAUGGAAGACAAGAGGAAAGUGACUGCAGAAGAGGCAAAAGUAUAUGCAGAGGAAAAUGGUCUUUUCUAUAUGGAAACCUCUGCAAAAACUGCUCAGAAUGUCAAUGAAGUUUUCAGUGAAAUAGCUAAACGGUUGCCUAGAGCUCAAACUUCUUUAAAUCAAUCUGGGAUGGUUCUUGUAGACAGACCUGCUGAAGGAACUCGUGCAACAUCAUGCUGUGCUUAAUUUUCCUUCUUCUCUCCCCGCUCCUCCAUCCAUUCUAGAAAAGGUUCAUAUGUGUAUGUGGUUGCACAUUGCAGUAUUGAAUGACUCUUUUCUAUUAGGUAGAAUUGGGCGUCACACAUCAUCAUAGGUUCUUCUCAGCUGUGUAAUAACUUUAUGUUGGGUUAAUGUUGUUAUUGUUUGAACUUAUUUACCAAAGUUAUUGUGCAUGUAUUUGAUGAUUUCCUAGAAAUAUGCAUGCAUACUAAUCUCAUUAAGUUGAGUUACAAGAUCU